GACAACUCUUCUUUCUCCUUUUCCUCCURGGCAUGUCUCUGCAUGGGUUCGGUAUUCUCCCACAGGGCUCAACCUCUGUUUACUUCAUCAAGGAGGAUCCAAGGACCUCUGCCUUUUGAUACUGCGCCUAAUUGCCUUCGGACACUUUUGAGGACCGUUUGUUGAGGAGAAUUGAUUAUGGCCAGUUUCCUGUACUUUAUCCUUCCGGCCCUAGGGGGCUACACCCUGACGUCGCUCUACCUGUUGAAGAACCCUCAGAUCCUCCACAAGAAGAAACGGGCUGCCUUCCACUGCACCCACAUCUCACACAGAGGAGGAAGCGGCGAGAGGAUAGAGAGCACCAUGGAGGCUUUCACACAUGCGGUGGAGCAGGGUACAGGAAUGCUGGAGCUGGACUGUCACCUGACCCUGGAUGGUCAUGUGGUCGUGUCACAUGACGAUAACCUCCUGAGGCAGACUGGCCAUGAUGUCACCAUCUCCUCCCUAAACCUAGAGGACUUACCCUUGUAUAAGGACAGACUGGAGGUCACGUUUAAUGAAGGCKGCUACAGCACCGGAACAGACAGGAAGUUCACCCUGUUGGAGGAAGUGUUCAGGAAGUUCCCUAAYAUGCCAGUCAACAUCGAAAUCAAAGAAGACAACAGCUUGCUGAUGGAGAAAGCGUCCAACAUGGUGAAACAGUAUGAUAGAGAGGACCUCACAGUGUGGGCGACUGUAGACUCUACCAUUAUGAAAAAGUGCCGCAGAACUAACUCCACCAUGCCCUAUAGUUUCAGUAUGAGACGAGGGCUGCAGCUGCUCCUCCUUUACUACAGCGGCCUGCUGCCCUUUGUACCGCUGGGAGAGAGCUUCCUGCAGUUCUACCUUCCCCGCAUCAUUAACAGGACAUAUAUUCCUGAGGAGCGUCUUCUGAAGAACAGAAUGGUCAUCUAUCUGAUAGAWAAAUUAACGAUGAGGAAGAGUCUAUUCAAACAUCUGGCCAAAAGAGGAAUUCAGGUGCACCUGUUCGUCUGCAACGAGGAUCCUGACAUCCAGGCGGCGUUUGAAGCAGGAGCCACAGGCAUCAUGACAGACUACCCCACCCUCCUGACUGACUACCUACACAGACACAGGAGUCAAGACUGACAGCCCAAACCUCCAAUCAAACUACUAAUUCACAAACAGGUUCUUAACUGACAGCUCAAGCUACCUGUCAAGAGACCUCCACUUGUACAUUGUGUAUCACUGAAAGAACCACACUGAAAUCGCAAUUUUCCUUCACUCCGGUCUCCACCAAUGAGCAAAAGGACAGAUCUGUGAGGAAGUUGCCCGAAAAGCACAGAUCCAAGACCAGCGUAACUUUCCCAAAUCCCAACCUUAACCAAUAGAGGGAAAAACACAUAACCAAUCUCUGAWCAAUGUCUUUAGGCAACUUCAUUCCAUCUACACAAAAGGAUGUCACUUACACUUACUGUCUUUUGGUUAAUGGAUUGUGGCCAUAUAUUGAGACACUGUUCACCUCUCUCUGCAGCCUUCCCAAACCCUAAUGGAUCUAUCAGUGACUGUCUGGAUGUUGUUGGGAGAAGUGAUUUCUUUAAGUCUAUAUCCUUGACGUUCUCUCAUGGUAUUAUGACAUUUACAUAARGGAACUGACUUUUGGGGUAUUUAUGACAUGCUAUACAAAUUGUAUGUUUAUCAAUGCAAAUAUGUUUUAAGCAUUCAAGACCAACUUCCAUUUGUUUAUACCACUGGAAAAUAAUGGCUUCCAACACACACAGUAUUUAUGUAUUUACUUGCUUCACUUCCUCAUUCUCUCAGCCCAGGCCAUGGUCAAAGUCCGCUCACAGUUCUUAACAAUAAUCUACCAGCCAGUCAGGUCCCAGUGGGAAACAAAGGCUGCACUUUCCUGACCUGGUUCUCUGCAGUAUAGCAAAUAGGUUAAAAUAAUAAGUAGAUAAAUUCAAACAACUCUUUAGAGACCUGGUAAGAGAUAAGACCUUGUCCUUUAGAUUUCUGAGAAAUAAGCCUUCUGUGACACACACAGCAGCCACAAUGAAUAAGAGCUGGAAACACAGGGCACUGGACUGGUUCAUCUAAAUCUAGAUAAGAAUUUCAGACUUGAGAGUGGAGCACAAGUCAGAUCUUUAGCUAAUGUAAAUUUCUAAUCAUGUUCAUGUAUAAUGAUUUAAUUCUGUUUUUAGAACAAUAAUUUCCCCCAGAGUUGCA